AAACAUGUUGUUAUUUUUUUUCAAGAAAUCACUUAACGCUUCAUAAAUUUGAAAAUUCAAAGAAAGAAAGAAAAACAAACAAACAUCAUAAAUAAUUUCCUGUAUUUCAACGAUUGUUUUUUUGGUUCAACAAAAUAACAGGAUUCAUUUUUACAAAACACAACAACAAAUUUUAAAAAAAUAAAUGCUAAAAACGCAUUUAAUUGGGAUUAUAAAAAUUCAAAAAAUUUCGGUUUGGCAUCAGCAUCAUUCUUAUUAUCGAGAAAAUCUCUUACAGACGACGAAAACGACAAGAUCAGCAGCAUUAACGUUAAGAAGAAAACUAACGAAAAACUGUCGCUGUUUAAGAAAAAGACGAAAAAUUCAUCAUAUAAGAAAAAUUCAAAAUUUAUGGUUUGGCUCUAACGUUUACCACGACAACAACAACAACAACAAAUAAUCCCAAAACAUCAGCAUCAUCAAAUACAAAAAUUUCAUUAAAAUUUAUCACAAUUUUUUGCAAACAAGAAAAAAAUUCAAAAAUUUUUUUAUUUAAAAGAAAUCACACUAGAAGAAUUAUCAAUUUGGCUGUUUUUUUAAGCAAAAUUUUAUUAACAUCUCGUUUGGAUUCAACAUUUUAUUUUUGUCGUUAAUUAUUUUCGAAAAUAAAUCAACAUGGAUCCUCAACAACAGUUUUGUUUAAAAUGGAACUCGUAUUCAUCAAAUUUGGCCAUAACAUUCUCAAAUCUAUUCAAAUCCGAUUUAUUAGCAGAUGUAACAUUGUCAUGUGAUGGCACAGUUUUUAAGGCUCACAAAUUAAUAUUGGCAGCAUGUUCGAAAAAGUUUGCCGAUCUCUUCGAGACCACACCCACAAAUGGCCAAUGUGUGGUUAUAUUAGAGGCUACCUCAUCCGAUAAUAUGGCGGCUUUGCUAGAGUUUAUGUAUAAAGGUGAAGUGCAUGUAUCACAAGAGGCUCUCAACAGUUUUCUGAAAUCUGCCGAAAAUUUACAGGUUAAAGGUUUAUCAACAGAAACCGGCCGUUUGGCUGCCCAACAGGCCCAACAACACAUUGAGUCCUCGGCUCUGGAUUCACCCAAUGGUCGCCGCAGCAUACGCAACAGCAUAAGCGGUGGUAAUGGCAAUCUGGGUGCUGGCAGUAUGGGUGCCGGCAAUAUGAACAGUCCAGCUGGUGGCAUUAAUGCACCAGGCGGCGGUGGUGGUGGCGGUAUAGGUCUGCCGGAUCGCUGUCCUAGUACCGGUGGCAUUAUCGCUGGACCUCCCGGCUCUGUGGGUUUGGGUAAUAACAAUAAUAUAGGUGGUGGUUCUGCCGCUGGUCUAGGUAGUGGUGCUGGCGCCGCUCACCAUCUCGGUGGUUCUACCAAUAGCUUAAAACAAGAAUGCGAUUCGCUAAUGCAUCCGAGCAGCUCAUCGUUGGGAGCUAUGCCUUCAUAUGUGCCGCCCAUGUAUCAUCGUCCCAUGUCCUAUGAACCACUGCGCAAGCGUGCCCUCCGUAGCCCCUAUGCCGAACAAGAAGUCCGUGGUAGUGUCUUGCGAGACGGCUCUAAGAAUCCUUCAGAAUGUCCCAGUCCCAUAAGUAAACCUCCCUAUCACAGGCCAUCGUCGAGCGCUUCUUCAACGGCACCUACCGAAGCGGAUACCAUGCACUCGGAGAGAGCAUCACCGCAAUCGAGCCGUUUUGACAACCACAGUCCCAGUACAACAGGCGGUAAUGGUAAUGUGCCCAGCAGUUUAGAUAGAUCCGUUAAGUCGGAGCGUAACAAUGGCAGUACAAAAGAGGCUAACAAUGAUGAUGAUCAUGAUGAUUUGGAUGAAUCAAGAGAAAAUUGUGCUGAAGAUUUAAGAGUAAAAUUGGAAAAUUCAAAUUACUCACCUCCACCACCACCCACCUCAAAUACCUCACCCACCACACCUACCGCUUUGUUGGAGAGUCUAAAGAAUUCUGAUGGCACCUUACCCGGCAGUUUAGCGGCUUCAAUAGCUCCCGCCGAUAUGUUAAAUGUCUGGAAUGCCACCAAAUUGAAUAACAAAAACAGCGGUAUGGUGAAUACAGCAGAUGGCAAAAAACUCAAAUGCUUGUAUUGCGAUCGUUUGUAUGGCUACGAAACAAAUCUAAGAGCCCAUAUACGACAACGCCAUCAAGGCAUACGUGUACCCUGUCCAUUCUGUUCGCGCACCUUUACCCGUAACAACACCGUACGUCGCCACAUUGCGCGUGAGCAUAAACAAGAAAUCGGUCUAAGUGCUGGCGCCACCAUUGCACCAGCUUCGGUAGCUGCCGCUGCAGCAGCGGCCGCCAAUCAUUCACAAUAGGAUGCGGCCGCAACAGCGGCGGCAGCAGUAGUUAUGAGUGCACAAAAGGAAGAGGCUAAACAACGUAAACGUAAAUCAUUGAAAAUGGCAUUGGAGAAAUGCAUGCAGAGACGGGAAGCGGCAACAACGGCAUUAACGGCAACCACUAACAACACCACCACAACAACCACAAAUAUGAUGAACACAUCUUUGGCCAUGGCCACAUUUACUUCAUCAACGUUAUCAUCUACAGUUACAACAACAGUAGCUAAUCUCUCCACCACGAAUACAUCAUCGGAUAUGUUAAGUCCUGAAGUUUCGCUUAAUCUACAAGUUAACAAGGGCCCCGAAGUGGUGACCUCUACUCCACAGAAGUUGGCAAAACAUGAUUCAGCCCAUGAAAUGGAAGUUCUGGAAACCACUGAAACCGAAACCUCCAUGGACACAUCUGCCGAGGUAAAUGCCUCCGAGAUGUGUGAGUCCAGGGAAGAAGAGGAUUUGGAAUCAGAAACUUCCAUUAAUAGUACAACUGCCAAAAAAACAACCACGCCACAAAAGCAACAACAAGAACUGGAGCCGGUUUAUGAUGAUAAACCUCUAGAUUUUACUAAAUCGCCCACUAAGAAACUUCAACACGAUGAUGAUAACGAAGCAAAAGAUGUGGAAGAAUAUUUGAAAUCAACUGCCGUUAUUAAGGAAAUUAAAAUGUCACCAAAAGAAGCGCAAGCAAAAGCCCAACAGGAGGAGGAUAAAGACAAACUCCAGAAGGAUAAUGAAGUGAAUAAUGCCGUUUUAACUGAAAAAUCUGCCUCUUUAAAUGAAAACUAAAUGCACUCUUCGUAAA